AUGGACGGCUCAAUAAGACACGCAGCCGCCAAACACCGGCACUGCCCCUACACACGCAAUCGGCAUUCGCUGACUGACCAGGCAAUUAGACUAUACCAGCGUAUCAGCCGGCCCUUCCUCACCCGCCGCCCCUUGCUAGGCUCCGACACCGACGCAUUCAGCGUUCCCUGGCACACCGAGGAGCGCGAGAUCGCCGAGCUCAGAGAGGAGCUGCGGGAAGCCCAGCAGGCGGCCAAGGCAUUUGAUGCUCGCCAGGCGUCCGUAUCUGAGCCGUUCGAGGCUGUGUUUGACACUGCGCGGAGGCUUGCCGAAGAGCGGUCUGUGCCGAGCCUCAAGGGCAAGGAGCCGGAGGUUGGCUCUGGUGAAGAGCCCACGGACCGUGAUGCCGGCAGCAAGGGUGUAUAUGUGAAUGAGCAGGCGGUUGUUGCUGCUGGCUAUGAGGAUGGCGAAGAUCUGGAGGACAUUGACUAUGUGCCGGAUGAUGAGACCGAUGAAGAGGAGGAGGAGUUGCUGCAAGAUAUUGAACCGAUCGAUGAGGCUGAGGAAGUGACUGCUAGCAAGCCGGCUCCUGAAGUCGUUCUUAGUCCACCGGAGCCGCCGAAACAUGAGGCUGUUAGCGCGACUAGCGAGUCUGGAGAGGAUGAGUCUGAGGAGGACAAGGCCUGA